AAAAUUAAAAUGAACCUCAAGGAUUUUCAACAAAUCUCUCGGCUGAAUAUAUUCGACUGAAUCUGCCAAUGGCAGGUUAACACAUUUACCUUGAUAUGAAUCCUCAUUUUUGUCGUCUAGAUUUUUUUUCUAGCCUACAUACUUUAAAUGCCAUAUGGAAGUAGUGAUAUUGUAAAACUAUUUCAGGAUUCAGAUGCAUUGCAGCAGGGAUGUUGGCAUAAUGGCAUUAAUUGUGUUAAUGAUUAUGCAUGAUAUCAUGUAUCAAGUUUUUAUUUUGAAGUUUCAUUUGUCAUUUUAGAGUCUGUGGCUCUAGGGCCUAGAGUAUGUAAACUUGAGAGUGAGUGCAACUCUUUUAAUAUCGUAUGAUAAUGUGGUAUAUCAAAUUUUGAAAACUGUGAGCAUGUGGCAUUGAAGUUAACAUCAUUUUCACAUUGUAUUAGUGUGACUAUGCAUGAUUUGCAUUUAAUAUAGCUUUGAAUAUUUUUAUACCUCUUUGAAAUUUCCAACUUUGGCAGAAUUUCCCCAUUCUAAACCUAGUAAAUGUUUUGAAGCUUUUUACUAUGAAAACUGGUAGUGCAGGCUAACACAAGCAGUUUUGCUUGUGAACAGUCAGAGAACAACAAAUGCCACAGUUUUGAGAUACUUACAUAAAGUGUUGUUAGGAUAUGUUGUACACUUUGCAAGUCCUUGUUAUAAAUUGACCUCUCAUGAAAUAAGACGCUACUCUUGUGAGAAAUCUCAAGAUUUGUUGGAUGACGCACUACAUCACUUGGCAUUUGUAUUAUGACAGGUGUAUGGGAACAUUGAUAUGGGAGUUAUACAAUGGACUAGGAAAAACAUCUUGGGCUGUAUUGUGUAAGAACAUCUUGGGAGAGGAGUUACAGUUUCAGAAUGGAGUGCCUAGUUUGUUUUGUGGCCUUGUCAAAUGGUGGAAGUUACACUCGCAUGCAUGAAAGGUGGUGCAUGGGUUUGAAUGGUGUUCAUAACCAUGUCUUUGAUAACCUCUUUGGAAGCCCAUGGUUUUGGCAAAGGGUGUUUAGGUAGGAACUUUGUUUAAGCUGGAUGUAUGCUGUUUACUCUUAUCUAGUGAAGUUAUCAUUUGCAUACAAUAGUUGAAACAAACAAGAUAUACUCAGUGAACCACGGGGACGCGUCCCCCCCAUUUUUGGGCGCGUCCCCCCGUCAGAGACGUCUCGGGGACGCGGGGACGGGGACGCGACGUCCCCCGCCGUCCCGCCACCGCCACCCAAACUCCGCCGGGACGGGGAGACGUCCCCGAUGCGGGGACGUCUGGGCGUCCACGGAGACGCCCAGGCAUCCCCCUGUCCCUCAAGAGACGUCCAGGCGUCUCUCGAGGGACGGGGGGACGCCCAGGCGUCUCCCGCGUUCCCACGGGAUUAAAAGCGCAUUUUUCAUUUUUUUUAAAAGUUUUUAUGACAUGUGCUUUUUGGGGGGGGGUUAAGGGGUAACCCUAAUUGGACGUGGGCCCCACCCUACCCCCCAAAACAACACAAAAACAUGUUUAGUUUGGAUUUCACUCUCAUUAUGCAAAACUGAUUUUUUUUCCAGCAGCUUGAAGAGGAGGAACAGCUUGAAGAAGAUUGAUUGAAGGGGUGAGAAAAGUGACUACAAGCGUGAUAGGAGCUAGAAGAAGCAAGAAGAAGAGGAAGAAGAAGAUUCUUCUACAUUUUGGAGAGAUUUUUCAAGCACAAGUGUCAAUUUGAAAAUUUCACAAUGAGCUCCCAAGGCACGAGUGAAGAUAACAUGGAAAUCCAUUCUCAUAGUGAGAAUGAUUCAGAAUUUGAACCUGAAAAUGAGGGGGGUGACCAUGGGGCUGAUCCUGAAGCCCAAUCUAGUUCUAUGGCAAGUGCAGCAGCUAGUACAGGUUGCCCUUCAGAGUUGUUGGCACCAUAUGCUAGGGGUCAUUUUGAUCCUAAGUCUCCUCUAAAACAGUUUGCUUCACAAAUAUCAGUACAAGGCAUUGCAUCACAUUCAAGUGGGGGAACAAGGAAGUGGAAGUGCAAUAUUUGUGACAGAGAAUGGUUCGGUAGCAUUAGCAGGGUGAAUGCACACUUUCUAUUUUGGAGAGGAAAAGGCGUGAAACAUUGUAAGUUUUUGGAGGAACCCAAAAAUAUACAUUACAGAAUUGAGUUUAACAGGCUUUGGGGGGUUCCAGAUGACACAAAUAUUUCAAUGCCUACUACUUUGUCUGCUAGGGCAUCACUUCACGACAGCCAGAAUGUGUCAGUGCCACAUACUUAUCAUGCUUCGCAGGCGGGAGGAAUGAUGUUUGGAUCUCCAUCUACUUCCACUUCUACUGCUGCCAGGGCUGGGAAACGUAAGUUGCAUACACCACAGAGCAACCCCAUUGCUGAUAUGUUUAAUGUGCAGCUGAGAGAUGAGAUAGAUGAAUCCAUUGGCAAUUUCUUCUUUGCCAAUGGCAUUCCAUUUCAUGUUUCACGGUCUCCUUAUUAUAGGAAGAUGAUAGAUAUGGUGGCCAAGGGAGGACCAUCUUAUGUGCCACCAGGGGAGACGAAAAUGAGGACCUCGAUCUUGGAUAAAAGCUAUUCCAAGAUCAAUAUUUUGAUGGAGAAGAUGAAGGCAUGUUGGGGUGGCAUCGGGGUGCAGCAUAGUUAUGGAUGGGUGGACGAACAUUAGCCAUCGUCCACUCAUCAACGUCAUGGUCACAUGUGCAGAGGGCCCAUACUUCCUUAGAGCAGUUGAUUGUACAGGGCAUCGUAAAGAUGCUGAUUUCCAGUUUCAGGUCCUCAGGGAGGCUAUUGAGGAGGUUGGGCCACAAAAUGUGGUCCAAGUAGUGACAGAUGCAGCCUAUGUGUGUAGAGCAGCAGGGAGACUCGUUGAGGCAGCCUAUAGACACAUUUGGUGGACCCCAUGUUGUGUGCAUGCCAUGAACAAUGCACUCAAGGACAUGGGGAAGAUUGACUGGAUUAGAGGAGUGGUCACCGAUGCGAGAGAUGUGCAGAUGUUUAUCUGCAACCACCACAUUUCACAUGCACUCUUCAGGACCUUCGCGAAGAAGGAGUUCUUGAAACCAGUUGAGACUAGAUAUGCAUCCUAUUUCAUUCUCUUGGAGAGAAUGAUUGAGUUGCAAGAGGCAUUGCAACUCAUGGUUAUGACUAAUGAGUGGAAUAGGUGGGCUGAGGCCAAGACAGAGCAGGGGAGAAGGGUGAAGGAGAUAGUGAAGAGUGAUGUGUUUUGGACUGAUACGAAAUACAUUGUCUUCAUCAUUUCUCCAGUAUUCCAGGUGAUCAGAUAUGGGGAUGGGGAUGCACCUAACCUUGGAGAGGUGUAUGAGUGCAUUGACUCUAUGCUUGGCCAGAUGAGGGCUGCUGUGCGAGUGAAGGACCCCUCUCUAGCAUUCUACAAUGAGCAAAUCCGGCCUAUCAUUCAGAGUAGAUGGGACAAGUUGAACACUCCUUUGCAUAUGGCUGCCUUUGCCUUGAAUCCUAAGUGGUACAAGGCUAGACCGGGUAGAACGACACCGAUUGAGGAUGAUGAGGUGAAGGCAGGUUUCUUUAGGUGCAUAGAGAAGAUGUUUGAUUCCAGAGAUGCCGGCACAAUGCGCACUGAGUGGGGAAGAUUUGCCACUCUUAGAGGUUAUUCAGAUGCAGCAAAGAUGGAUAUAGACAUUAUGGCACAGGAGGACCCACUUUUGUGGUGGAAAUGUCAUGGCCCGAAAUCUUUGACCACCACUCUAGCCAUCCGUCUGCUAUCCCAGGUUUCCAGUUCUUCAGCUGCUGAGAGGAACUAGUCUACAUAUAGCUUCAUCCACUCUCUUAAGAGGAACAGACUUACCUCUAAGAGAGCAGAGAAGCUUGUGGCUGUACACAGUGCUUUGCGUCUCAUUGACCGCAAGACACUUAUGUACAAGGAGAGUCCAGCGGCACGAUGGGAUGUAGAGCCAGAGGAGCCUUCACAGAUUGAUGAGGAUGAUCCUACCACUUCAGAUGCAGGGCUAGUUGGUGUGAGCUUGAGGGACCUUGAUCCUCAGGAGUCCAGCAGUUCCAGUGAGGAGGAGUUUGCAGAUGAUUAGAGGCCUCCAUUAGCUACAGUUUGAGUUUUCACUUUUCAGUUUUGUCAUUUUGUAUUUGACUCGUCUCUUUUGUAAUGCUAUUGCUACACGUAUUUGUAUUUGGCUACUCAUUGUAAUGAUGAAUCAUGUAAUCAUCUUUAUUAUUAUAGACUUUGCA